GUGCCACCAGCGUCGUGAGCCGUCACAGGCCUCCUUCAGCAGUAAGCUCCUCACCUUCAUCAUGGAUCUAAGCUCGCAUACUGCGGCGGCGCCCCAUGAAGCCUCUUCCCCCUCUGAUUCGGCGACUGUCAAGCGUGCGCGUGUCACCUAUGGUCGUCGCAGAGAGACUCUCUCGGACAGAGAGGCAUCCACGUCCACCGCCUCCAUGGAGGUAUCAUCACGCGUCUCAUCUUACGGAAUGGAACUUCCGGGGAAGGACAACGGAAUCUCCCAUGGUUCUGACGGACGGGACGCGUUCAACUUCUCUACCACACCUAUCGAUGACGAGACGGACAGCGACACAUGUAAUGUCGCACCAUCCUCUCGGACUGGGUUUCAAUUUUCGUGGAGGAAGGCCUUGAAGGAUAUAGACUAUGUCUAUUUGAAGAACGACGCGUCCACAAACGAGGCAACAGGGAAAAAUGCAGAUGCGGAUCGUGGCGUUUCGAGAGCUCCAACACUGAAGCAGGUGGCGGAACGCGCACAGAUUCCGGAUGGGCCCAUACAGGGUCAUGAGUCGGCCGAGGAGGAAGGCACGCCCUCAGAUAUGACCUCAAGUGCUGACAAUCGCGCCACGUCGCCUUCCUCAUCCGCUGUAAUAUCUCGGCUGGGGCGGUCCACGAAAGCUGUAGAUGGUUCAGACGAUGAAACAAGCGGCUUCGAAAAGGCUCUCUCUUCGGUCGAAUCUACAUCCUUGUCUCUCACUAACGAUUCGGUUGAUUCCUUUGGAGAAUCCUCUAUCAAGAAGGGAAAACAAGGGACUGUAGAAGAGUCUUCCUCAGACGAUGAACUUCCUGAGGCGUACAUCGAGCUAGAUAUGAGGAAAGCUCGACGCAAGAAGCAACAUGCGAACGGAGGAGAGAGACGCGUCAAGGCACCUACAAAGAAACAGUGUGAAGAGACACACAAGGCAACUGCUCGAAUUAUAGCGGAUCGGGCGGUGUCAAUUCCCCGCGCACAAGCGAAACAGCUUGGCCUGACGCAACUAUGGGAGAAGAUAGGGCGAAGUGUCCGCCCUGCUCAAGAUCAGCGAUCGCAGCAAGUCCCACCAUCCGAUCCCAUACAGCCGUUCUCUUCGCCUGCUCUGAAGUCUGGUGCCCAUUCGCCAGCAUCUGCGUCUCCGUCAGACGCAGCGGCCUCAGUCAAUCCGAACGAGCGAGAACCUAGCACGGGGUUCAUACCAACAACCUUACUUGGUCUCUCCUCAGUCAGAGCAGACAUUCAGGAUUGGCACGACUCUAGCGACAGCGAGCUGCCCACGGUCAGCGCGCCCGUCGAGGAGGAUACAAAGAAGCGAGAAGAAAGCGAACGGAAAAAGCGGCUCGCCCAGCUGAAACGACAAUACAUGGAGCGCACGAGACAAGAGGAUUCGGAUGCGAGUGAUUUGGAGGUGAUAAGCUCGACGGGAAAGCAUAGACAAUCCGCGUUGUCUAGGUCCAUUCAACGUCUUCGAGCGCAAGCGCAUACAUCACGGCCCCGUGGUGAAGGAGAGCUGCGGUUGUUGAAGGCCUCUACCGCUCCCGCUUUCGCGAGACUGGACAAAGAGAUGAAAGAAUCUAAUGCAACUCACCUGUCCAAGGAUCAAUUGAACAAGAUGCUAUUGCAGAAAGCGGGCAAACAAGCGGAAGAAUUGGUCAAAGUGAAAGAGGAGGAAUGGAUCAGCAGAGGAGGGAAGAUCAAGGUCAAACGUGACGACAGUGAAGACGGCGCUAGCGUGAAGGAUGCUGUUCUUUCCUUGGUCUCGAAAGGCCUGUUAGCGGGACAAAGAGUUGGUCAGGACGACACAGAAAAAGAUAAUGGCGAAGAUGAGGAAGAUGAUGAAGACUAUGCGCCAGAGCAGGAGCAGAGCGAUCACCCCGAAGGCAACGUUCAGGACGAGAAUGGCCGGUUCUCUGAUGCCGAGACUCAGGUCUCCAUCCCUUAUGACCGCGGAAUAGACUCAGCCGAAGAUGCAGCUAGCGAUAAUGAUGAAGAAGCCGAUCUGUAUUCUCAUAAAGCAACGCGGCCCCGACGAACGAUCACAAUCGUCCAGUCGGAUGACGAGGAUGAGGCUACCAGCUCCCCUUCGUUGCGCAAUAGAGAACCGCUUGCUGCCGAUGGCUUAUUUUGGCCAUCGUCUUCUCGCUCGCUCGCUGCAUUGCACCAUCGAUCCUCCAUAUCGUCCUUCGAGGACCCCAUGGAAAGUGGCACGGAUAAGGAGAACGAUGAACGGAUGAUGUAUGACAGAGGGGAAGACAAGGAGAACACUGUGGUGCACACGCAGUCGUCCAUGGGCCUGCGAGUCGCCGUGAGUCACCUUAGAAGUUCUUUCGGCUUGGUAGCUCGAGACAGGUCGCCCCUCCCGAGCGCGACCGUGGACCACGAUUUGUCGGCGAGGACUAGUCCAGCAGAUGAGCGACGACCACCGCUGAAAGAGUUGUCCAGGGAAGAUGACGACUUUGAUGAUUCGUUCGCUCUCUCAACCCAGCCGCGAGGGCGAGGCCGAAAAUUGUUGUUCGGUCCGGAUCGUUCUUCCGAACAUGCCCUGCCUUCUUCCCCCAGUCUUGUCGACCACGAACGCGAGGACAAGGAGCCAUCACCACUGAGUACCAGUUCGCUGGCACCACCUGCGAUGCUCACGACUGAUCUAUCCGAGUUCUUCGAACCUGAGGCAUCGCGCAAUGGAUCCGUAUCAAUGGAUUCCAAACAACUGAAGAAAGAAGGAUUAUCCCAGUUCCAUUCUCAAGCCACGGACAAUAACGGACUUGCUCAGUUGAGGCAAGCCAAGCCUACCCAGCGCUUCUCGCUGACCCUUGACGCUGGACUUGAACCGACGCUGGAUGUCAAUCGGAGCCUCUUGAGAAAGGCCGGCGACAUUUUUGAGAAGGAACAAGGCUUCCUAGCUGAGAGCUUCGGUAGCAAGAUCGGGGUGGAACCCCAGUUGUAUGUGAACGAGCAUGGAUUCCUUACGCAGACUGUCUCCAAUGGAAAGAUCCCCACAUCAUCUCCUCUUCUGUCACCGUCAUUACUCGCGGCGUCAUCUCCAUUCGCACGAGAUGCAAUGCUUCCGCAACCGCCACCGCCUAUCAGACAACCUCUCGUCGCUAUAGAUGCGGACGUUGAGAUGGAUGGCGUUGACGAGCUGCCCAGACGACGUCUGUUCAGACGAGAAAUAUCUCCAUUUCAACGAGAAGACAGUCAAGAUCUGAACUCGUCCUCGAGCAAGCCUAGCAAAACCAGGAAUGCAUUUGACUUGAUGAAGCUUGCAUCUCGUGGUGCACAGAGGAAGACGGAGAAAGUGAAAAAGACGCUAGUGAAAUCAGACUUUAUCGAAGGAGAGGCCGAGGAAUCCGACGACGAUGCAUUGAUGGGCUUCGGUGGGCGGAAGGAGGACGAGGACGAGGACGACGAGGACGAGAACCAGAAUCAGACACUCGCUGAACUGGUCGAUGACAGAGCUAUGGAUGAGAAGAUGCUUGCUGAAGAAGCUGUAUUGGAGAAAGUCAGAGAGCAUCAACAAGAAGACGACCAAGCCCUAGAGAAGCUGCACAGAGAUGCCGCUGAGGGCAAACUGAGAGUUAAGCGACGCGAUCGCGGCGUCGGCUUUGAGGAUAGCGAGUCAGACGAGGAUGAAGAGGACGCCAGGGCCAGACGAAGGAAGAUGAUCAAGAAACGUAAGAUCGACCAUGACAGUCUUGAUCAGCUAUCCAACGAUCCAUCCACACGCGCGUUCUAUGAUGCGUAUAAUGCAGAUAACAUUGAUGAUGAUGAUUUCGAGCAUCUGCAAGAAGAACAAGAUGAGGAGACAUUGGUUGGAUCGCAGGAGACGGACCCUGAGGCCCAGACUAAGCAAUCGGUUAUAACUGUGUCGGAGCUGCGCCAUAAAUUGCGCGAGGCUGCUCAAGAAGCGGAGCCUAUGGAGGUCUUUGACCCUCAUGAUGUAGCCUGGAUGGAGCGUGAUAUUGAUGAGGAUGAUGAGGCAGCAAUCCAGGUGAAAGAAGUCACCACGACGUCCAAGCCUGUUCCUCCCCAACAAAACGCUGACUGGGAAGCCACACUGAUGAAGCCGAGACAUCCAAGUGAGAUCGACGAGGAGCAACUCAAUCGCUUGCAGGGCUGGGCCAAAGGCGAGUCGCGUACAGUCAGCACAGUGCGUGCGACGCGGGCAUCGGCUGUGACAGGACCUGGCAAGCGCGCUGCAGGCAGCGGAUCCGUAAGGGGCCAUGGCCGUGGGCAACGCGCAAAAUCAGGUGAAGGCAGCGCCACAAGGGCACCGAAAGCGAGCGCUCUCUCGGCCGUCUCGACCAGCAGACGUGCGCGGUUCAGAGAUUGAGCAAUUGUAGAAUGCAUACGAACUUGCAACUUCUGGAUUUCUUCUAUAGCUUACGUUGGGCACGAUGUACUGUACCUAGCCGUGUACCUUGGACUUCACUCUGUGAUGAAGCUACGCACUAUGGUAAUUCGUUUUGUAGCAUGUGCACUGCAUUCUGUUUGUCGGGCUUCGCGACGAAGAAACAUCCGUGAUAGAUUCUCAGUGUUCUAGUUACCGCAACUCUUGUAAAUUGAAUCCAUAUCA